UUUUUUUUUUUUUUGAGCUGUGUGAACUCUUACUAUAGCAAAUAUAAUUUCAUCAGUCCUCAUCACAAGGUCAAGUCAAGAUCCCAACCAUGAGUGCUCUAAUGGUUUGAUACCAUCUGGUCCUCAGCAGUCACAAGGUGUCUUGUAAGCCAUCUCUCUGCAGUUGUCUUUUCUGUUUCCACAUUUCAUUUUGAGUAUAUGUGUUUGGGUUUUUUUAUUCAGUGGCUGAAAGCUGAAGAUGUUUUUACAACGAGAUUCCUUAAACUGUGUUAAGAAUGCUGUUACCAGCAUUGUGGUUGAGGCAUGGCACUCUGUGUUUGUGUGCAAGGUGGGCAGGAACGAGAAGGUGAGAUCUUUUGUACACCAACUGCAGAUGAUUCUCAGCAGCUCUGCAAUAUGAUGGCAGGUCUGGUGAAAUUACCCACAUGUGGGACUGGUUGCACCACUUUGUGUCACAGUACUCCAGUGAGCUUCUAGGGACACAAGAGCUUGCACAGGUACAUGUUGUCCACUGACAGAGGAGCAGCUAUUGCAGAGGAGCGUGCAACCCACCCUGCUUAGGUGCUGCAUACCUGUCUUCCUGGAAAGUCAUUUGUUCCUUUUCCAUUGUGAACUUGUUUGAUCCCAUUGUCCAGAUCCCUUGUUUCUGGUCUCAAAAGCCAGAGUUGCCUACUGAGGGAGAAGGGAUGUGUAGUGCAUGGGUAAACAUGGAAAGCUAAACUUGUAAAUAGUUUGUUCUAGAUUUUUGUUUAGCUUUUGAUGUAGCCAGUGUGUGACACAUGGGAAGCAUGUGGACAGAACAGCUCGCAAGGUCUGGAACUACCAUGUCUUCAGAAAGGCCAGAGGUUUUGCAUUCACCGUCUUUGAGGUUGGAGAACACUGUAGAAUCCCCUUUGUGUGCUGCCUUCACAGUACUUGUGUUGCUACAGGGGCUAGUUGGCAAUGGCCUGAGUGUUUUACAGUAGUUUCAGGACACAAAGGUGCUUGAAAAAUCUUCUGGUUAGAGCACAUCUGCAGUCUCACAGUGACCUCUCAUUUUCUGAGAUGUUGUGUAAUAACAGGGAUCACUUUAGCGUUUAUUUAAGAAAACAUUCAAAGCACUCUGAUGUCUGCAGCUCUUACCAAGUGCAACCUUCUUACUCUUGACAGUGUUCUAUGGGAACAUAGUAUUCUGAGGCACAGUAUAGGUUUUUAAAGUUAGUUGUGAAAUACACACGUGUAUUCUCCAUUUGCUGCUUUGCUUGUGUUAUCUGGGAGAAAGAUAAAACCAGCCAGUUAGUGUUCGAGUCCUCAGAAAAAGUUUAGUGGAGGAUGGAGCUCAAACUGAAUAAAGUUAGAGAUGUCUUGGUUUUUGUUUGGGGCUCGCUCAUAAAAAGUGCAGUUUCUGUGAAGUUAAUAUUGCCAAAUCAGUGAUAUCACAUCAUGCUGUGAGCUCUGUCAAAUGGAUGAAGCAGAGAUGAGGCGUCUUUGGCAACAUGCAGCCUGCUCUGUGGAAAGCAGCUGUAUUCUUCCCUCCACGCCCUGGGAAUAGGUUGCAGCAUAUGUUUCCCAGUGCAACCAGCCAGCCCUGGCCAUCUGCAUAUGGGGAAUGAAAAUGUCUUGGAUUCUCAACCCUUUUGGGUGGGAAUUUUGAGCAUGAUGCUGUUAUGUUAGAGACUGCCUCACUGAAAAGUCUUCAUUUGAGAUGUUUUGCAUCUUUUCUGAACCAUUCAGUGCUUACAGGUCAGGUGCCAAUUCACACAGAUUCAUGUGAAGUAUGGGCUGCAGCUGUUAACAGUAUAGGGAGUUUUUCUGGGGUUGAACACAUCAUCAGUAAUUUUUUGAGGAAGUUACUCUGCGUGUUUCACUUUUGUGUUCAGUAUAGCUUAUGGAGGUUUGUGGGUUUAUUAGUUAAGGCUUUAACCCUACAACGUUACAUAUAAAUACUAAAUAACUAAAAUGCUAAUGUAAAAAAUGGAAGAAAAUGUGUAAGUAAUACAAGGUUCAUAGCAAUAACAUAGAUCUGUUUAAUCCUUAUUUUGCUGUUCAGCUGUAAUCUAUCUUAGAGUUCAGGUUUCUUGCCUAUUUCCGAGCAAGGUAGUGUAUUUUGACAGCAUUAUCAGGAAACUCACUGUUCUGUGAUUUAAAACUUCUCAAGGGCAUUUGACAAAUCAUUGCUGAAAGCUAUUCCUUAUGGUGCCUCAGUAGUGCAUAUGUAUAACUGUGUGAGGAAGGAACUGUUUUUAAAAAAUGGUGAUGGUGGGUCGGUGGAUGGGCUAACUGAUCUUAGUGGUCUUUUCCAACCUUUAUGAUUCUAUGUUUCCAAUAGUUGACAUUUAUGGGAAUUGUGAUGGUCUUGCUAGAAUGCUUCUUAAGCUUGCAAGAUAAUUGCAGAUGUGUGAUUAGCAACUGGAAUAAAAAUAAGAACAUACCAUUAUGAACAUGCAAUGUAUUAUGUAUGUGCUAGAUAUGUUUUCAGCUGUUAGAGCAUGGAGCCUGUAAAAGAAGCAAUAAGUGAACAUAAAGGGGAUUGACACAUUUGUUUAUUACUGCAGAGUCAAUAAACUGAAAUUCAUUAUGAAUUAGUAUUUUAUAGUCAUUAGAAUCUAUAUUACAUUGACGCUAUAAUAAAUCUCCACUAUGAAACAAUACAUACAGCAAUUUUAAAAGCAGGACUUUUGUAGAUGGAAAGGGUCAUAGUGCAUAGUGCAGAUGUUGAUUCAUGCUCUGAAUUCAUGAAGUUGUUGUGGGAGACUCUUUUCAAUCUAAGGUUAUUUGCUGAUGCUAAUUGAUAGGGCAGUCUGUGUUAUGGAUGCAGAACUUCCUGAAGGCUGCAUCUGAACUGGCAGCUCUACAGGAGGAAGAAGUCAUCAUAUUGUACUUACAGACUGCUGUUGCUGUGUGGUAUCAGAUUUAAAACAGGGUAUAAAAUGGUAAAGAUCAGAAUAUUAUUCAUUUUCCUGCUGAACAUCAUUUUUUGAGCUCACGACUGCUUCUAGUAUCAACCAAUGAUAAAUAAAGUUGUACUGACUUGCUACACUUUGUAAGGACUCAGUGUUAAACUAAUCACUUAUUCUCUUUCUCUUUAUUUGUAGGUCAAGAUGUUGUUAAAUAUAAAAAGCAUCAUAUGGAUGUGCUCUACUUAUAUAGCUAUAACUUAUAUGCUACCUAAAGUUAAGGCAGAAAAAAAAACCCUGGUGAAGGGAUCCCUCUCUGGAACGUCAGUGCUUCCAUGCUUCUUUUCAACCACACCCACCAUAGCCUCCAGCUACGCAGCCGAGUAUCUUCGAAUCAAAUGGUCAAAGGUUGAACUGGAUAAAAGUGGAAAAGAUGCAAAAGAAACCACAGUCCUUGUGGCCCAGAAUGGGAACAUCAAAAUAGGCCAGAACUACAAGGACAGGGUGUCUGUUCCAACCCAUUCAGAGGAGACCGGCGAUGCUUCGCUGACUUUCUCUAGGCUGCGUGCAAGUGAUGCAGGGGUGUACCGCUGUGAUGUGAUGUAUGGAGUUGAGGACACACAAGGCAUUGUAUCACUGGCUGUUGAUGGUGUAGUAUUUCACUAUCGUGCAGCCACCAGCAGGUACACUUUGAAUUUUACACAAGCUCAGCAGACUUGUUUGGACAAUGGUGCUGUCAUAGCAAGCCCAGAGCAACUGAAAGCAGCAUAUGAAGAUGGAUUUGAACAAUGUGAUGCUGGCUGGUUGUCUGACCAGACUGUUAGAUAUCCAAUUAGACAUCCAAGAAUUGGUUGCUUUGGAGAUAAAAUGGGAAAGAAAGGAGUCAGAACAUAUGGACGCCGUUUUCCUAAUGAAACUUACGAUGUGUACUGCUAUGUGGAACACAUGCAAGAUGAAGUUGUUCAUGUUUCUGCUCCUGAGAAGCUCACCUUUGAGGAAGCAAAAGAGCUAUGUCGGAAAAGAGAUGGUGUUCUUGCUUCUGUUGGAAACAUGUAUGUUGCCUGGAGGAAUGGCUUUGACCAAUGUGACUACGGCUGGCUGGCGGAUGGAAGUGUUCGCUACCCCGCCUCUGUGGCUAGGCCCCAGUGUGGUGGAGGUUUACUUGGGGUGAGAACCCUGUAUCGCUAUGAGAACCAAACAGGCUUUCCUUACCCAGAUAGCAAGUUUGAUGCCUACUGCUACGAACGUAAAAAAAUUGUAUCAGAGCCUACAACUGUUAAGCUGGUUACAACUCUGAAAACUGACAGUGUGAAACUAUCAUCUGCUAAAGUUACUCUUAAACCUUCUGUUUUUGAGAGUUCAGUUACUGAAGUGGCUGUCACCAAAACAAAGGUCCCUGCUUGGGAGGAAGAAACUCUAGAGACUGAAGAUACAAAAAUGACUACUGAAGUGGCUGAGGAGAAAAGGGAAAUGGAGGUGCUCAUGGAGAACAUUAAGUUAACGACCCUUUUACCUCAGACUGUCACAGAUGGUGAAAUAAGCCCUUAUGAUACGCUGGGAAGGACUGAAUAUGAUGUUUCACCUAGGUUAACAGAGAGCACAUCUGCAGCUUUGGAAGUGGAGCACACUUACUCUGAAGCAGAAUUGUCCGAGGAACAAGGUAGGUCUGAAAGCACUGAGGACGCUUUCUUGACCUCUGUAGUUUUUCAGGAUAGCACAGCUGUAGCUAAGAGUUCCACUGGUUCAUGGGAAGAUAUUGAAACAGGCGAUACACAAAAAUACGAUGCUGAUAACCAGACUGAACAAAUAGAAGUGGGUCCUGUGAUGACAGCUACAGAUAGCUUGGUACCAGCUUCUCAGAGAGAGUUACCCAGGACAGGGACUUCAGUUUCACUAACAAAAGAAAAUCUGUAUCUUGGUUCUCACUCAACAAAAGAACCCACAAAAAAAUCAAUGGAAGCAAAAUCUGACAAGAAACUUACAACUGUUGUAAUCCCUAAGGCUUUAUUCACUGAUCAGUAUGAUCUUACUACAGAGGGGGAGGGAAGAGAGAGCAUGUACACCGUUACGCCUGAUAGAAUUUCUGGCGUGGCUCUGGUUAGCAUCCCAGAAUCAGAUGUGCCUGCUGUAUCAGAGACACUCAUAGAUGAGCUUGUGGUAACCACUGGACAAUCUUCUACAGCAGAUGAGUCAACUCCAUUCAUUAAAUUUAGUUCAUCUGCAACUGUGUUAGAUAAUGAGGCGUCUGCUGAGGUAAGCAGACAGAACUUAAAAGAUGUGCAUCACACUUCAUCAUCUGGAAUACCUGUAUCCUUUUCUGUAUUCACUGCCAAUGAAACAGGAUCUGCUCUUGCAGAAGGUACCAUUGCCCCACAAAGGUUUGAAGAAGGCAUCACAUCUGUUCUUCACUCAUCUCAGCAAACAGAAGGAUCGGCUAUUUUAGAAAAGCAGGAAAAAACAAAGGAGCCAGAAGUGAGAAUAAUAGAUGAUGAAGUCCUUUAUAUCACAACUGUUGUUCCUGCUUCUGUUACGGCAGGAUCUGAGGGACGUUUUGUAAGUGAGAAGUUCACACACACUCCUCCAGUUUCUGGCAUGUGGCUACAGACAGAUAAGGAUCAGGGAUAUAUAACAGAAGAAAUAUCUCAUACUAAGAGAAUUGAGUUAGACACUGAAGAUGGUAUCUCUGGAAUGGAGCCUACAUCAUCUCCAGGACAAAUUAUAGAAUACACAAAGCAUCUGAGAGCUUCAGUUUCAGCAGUAACAGAUGAAACUAACACAAGCAUGGAGACAGCAGAAACAAAAAGUGAUGAAGAAGCUGUAUCAGCUGAUUUUGAUCUGAGUGAAGGUACUACAGAUGUCUUCCGUACAAGUAGCUCUUUAGAUUUGGAAAAGUUUACUGUAUCCAAAAUAUCAGUGGAUGAAAGUACUGCAACAAUUAAAUCAUUUAGCUCCUCUAGUGGUACUGUGUUACCAACUGCUGUGCUCACUGUCCUGGAGGUGACUGAUCAUGAAGCAGAUGAAACAUCAGGACAUGUUUUGAAAAUGACUCUUUCUACCCCAGAAGGAGAACAAAGAAAGGCUACUGAGAAAUCACCAGCAACCUUUGCUGAAGAUGAAGUCUCUGUAGGGAUGGAGAUCUCAAAACACACAAUGACAGAAGAAGGCCAGACAACCAAUGUGACAUCCACCGAGGAAGAGUCAGUGGCAACACUUCAGGAGAGAGAAGGAGAAACAUCUGUUGACUUAGGAGAAACAAAGAAACCCCUUAAGUUUACAGAUUUAACUGAGAUAGAGAAUACAGUUCCACAGAGAGAACGUGAUAUUUCCCUAGUUCCAGUCACUGUAGGUAGUGAGAACUCUGGAGAGAUGCGAGUUACUGAUCAAACUUCUUUUGACAAUAUCAUUCAUACUGAAGCAACAGUAACAAGUGCAAAAGCUAGUGAAGUUUUUCCAAAGGAGCUCUCCACAAAAGAUCAAGGUAGGGAACUAGGUACUUCCACAGGGUCUACCUUACCUGUGACACCUGUCCAAAUGCAUGAACAACAGACAACAGCAGGAUUUGAAUCAUCUCUAACAACCACUCAGGAAAAACAUGAUGAGACAGGUUCAGCUUAUGAUGAGAUGUAUCCAGCAACAGAAUUAUCAGUGCCUGCACUAAUGCUUACAGAAUAUGGACAAGUUUCAGGGCCUGUUGUAACUAGCACCAGGUCUUUGCAUCUCACAGUGACUCCCAAGGCUGAGACUGCUACUGAGCAAGAAGAGAAGAUCACAGAAGCAAUGCCUGUAACGUUUGGUACACAAGCAAAAGUGUAUGAAAGCAAAGGAACGGCAACAAAGGAAGAAGACAGAAGUAUAGGGAGCUGGAAUUCUGUGUUGCCCCCCCAUAAGAUGCUGAGCAGUCCUACUGCAGGAAGCAUUAGUCUUCUGACUUUGGGAGCUUCUCCAAGUCAAACUCCAGAAGGUUCAGGAAUAUCAGAAGAGCUGGAAGAAGUCAGAACAGUUCCAUUUUCAUCUAGGGCAACAGUUAAAACAACUGUUCUCAGUGAUGUAACUACAUCAUCUGUUAGUGCUGUAGACAAAAUUCAGCCUACAUCAGCAUCCAAACCUUUUGUUUCUUUGAAGACACCACGUAUUAUUCCUGAGGAAGAUGAGGAGGUAACAAGCAGUGACAUCAUAGUAAUUGAUGAAUCUAUUUCUCCAAGUAAAGUGAGUGCUGAAGAUGAUCUGACAGGAAAGAUGGUAGAACCAGAAAUUGAUAAGGAAUAUUUCACAUCAUCAACUUCUACUGCAGUUGCACGGCCUACUGCCCCACCCACAGUGAUGGAGGUCACAGAGGCCUUACAACCACAAGAGGUGUCUCCUACUUCACACCCUGAUAGUGGAACUGACAUAAGAUUGUAUGUUAUUCAAAUCACAGGCAAUGAUACAGAUCAUCCGGUGAAUGAGUUUUUGGAUCUGUUCAGUCGCCACAUUCUUCCUCAUGCAAUAGAUGAGCCCCAUACUGAUGCAGAAUCAUCUCAGACUGAACCCUGUACUUCAGAAUCUGUGCAGGAUUCAUCUGAAUAUAUAAUAUUGGAUCCUUUCUUUCCAAACUUUAUGGACUUUGAAGAGGAGGAAGAAGACUGUGAAAAUACUACUGAUGUUACAACUCCUCCAGCUUUGCAAUUCAUCAAUGGAAAGCAACAAGUGACAAGUGCACCUAAAAGCACAAAAGCUGAGGAAGCAAGAAGUGAUCAAAUUGAAAGUGUUGCACAUUCAAAAAAUGUAACCUUUUCACAAGUCAAUGAAACAAACACCUAUGUAAUAUCUGAAAGUGAAGCUUCUGGUACAAUGCAGCCAAGCAAAGCUGGAGAAGUAAUGGGGGCAUUUGAAGUCACACAACCGACAGCAGAUGUUGCAAUGUUAGAACCAGUAUAUAGUGGUGAGUCAGAAGUUACCACAACAGACAAAUAUUUAGAGAUUACUUCUAUGAAUGAGCAGUCACCACAAAAAAAUAAGGAGACUGUAAUGUGGCAUGGAUCUGAGGAGAGUUCUACCAAAGACACAAAAAACUUGCUUUUGAUUGCUAGUGAAUCUUCUGGUGACGGCUCCACUGAAUCUGAUUUGUCUAAGUUUGUGUUCACAGAAGUUGUGACAAUGUCAAGUCAUGAAGAUAAUGAAAAAAUUUCUGGUACAACUUCUGUUCCUAGUGUCAUUUCUGUGGAAAGUUCCGCAGUAACUGCUGCUCCAAGUGCAGGUUUUGAUACUGCUACUGUAGGCAUAGCUGUGAAAGACUUUAUUCCAAAAGAUGGGACCACCACUCCUGGAAAUUACUAUAAAUCAACUAUUAAACUUGAUGCAGAGUACCCUUUUGAAAGCAACCUGGAAGCAACAACUCAUGCAACAAAGCCUGAGAUGAGUGCUUCUUCUUUUAUAGUUCUAGAAGGUUCUGGAGAUGUAGAAGAGAACAGCACUUCAGCUUCAGCCACAACAGAAACAGCAGUUGCAGAAACACUUUCAGUGCAAGAGAUUUCUUUGGGUUCUGGCACAGUACUGCCAACAGAAAUUUCUGUAACCAUUUCAGAAAUCACCUCUGCUUUGCCUGGAGGAGGAAGAAAUCUUUAUUCUACUUUUGAUCAAAGUUCUGAAGAAACUGUUUCCACCAAUUUUGUAUCUGAUUUAAUUAUGGAGCAAGUAGUUGGCAGCUCUGUUGCAACUGAAAAAAAAGUUGAAGAUGAAAAAGAAUUACAGACUACUGUUUAUUCAAGUCAGGAAAUUUCAGCCACUGCUGCAAAGGGAAAAUCUGAACUGGAUGAGCUUGGAAGCACUACUAAUGAAGUCAGAACUGUAAGUCAGGAACAGAUCCCUCUCAGGAAAACAGUACCAGUAACAGGUACCAUGCAUUCUGAAAUCAAAAAGGUUACCACCACUCCUUUCUUGAGAGAGAAGAAACUUUUUAUAAAUGAAGGAUCAGCUGAAGAACCAGCAGACUUAUUUUCAGGGAGUCCCACAAGAAAAGUGGUAAGUACUGACUCCCCUUUUACUGAUUCAGGUUCUGGAGACAUAGAUGUUAUCACUGAGUCUGCUGCUUUGACUUCAGUUCCAUCAAGGUCUAUCAUGGAAACAGUAAAACAUGAAGGAAAUAUUUAUGUCAUCAAUGUUUCACUGAGGAAUGCCACAACAGAAUAUGAAGAGCACAUAGGAAGAAGUGAACCAGCAACAUCAGUUUCAAGUACUGGUUCAGAUGGCUUAACAAAGGAAUCUGAAGUAGCAAUUCAGAUAUCUGAGAAUGUCUUUACUACAGAAAACCAAGGAGAACAAACACAAGAAGCAGAACCAACUUACACAGCUCCUUCUGACAUCAAAUCAAGACUUGGUUCUAGAAGAGAGGUAACAUCUCAUGUUGCACCAGUAAUUAGUACAAAGGAUUUACAAACAGCUGAAGUCACGUCAUCUCCAGAAUCAGUUGUUAAUAACAGCACUCUUGACACCAUGGUGACAUAUGAUAGCAUAAAAGCAGUAACUGAGUCUACAGAAAGCAAAAAGGGAAAAGGUGGCUUUUCAACUGUUUCUUUGGGUAAAAUUCUAAUGAUUGAGCAUGGCUCUGGAGAAGAACUCAAAGCUGACAGCAGCACCACAAAACUAAUGUCUAAUGGACCUACAGAAAAAGUGCUUGAAAGCCAUUUUUCACUUUUCACUGAUCAGGGCUCUGGAGAAGCAGAAACUUUAACUGAAUCAUUUACAAAAACAUCAAUUUCACCCACUGGGAAAUCAGAACCACAAGAGCAGUAUGACAGAAAAGCUGUCAGCAUGCCAUCUACUGUGGUUCAUGCCUUCACUGCUGAACCUAAUGAGCUAGUCACAAGUACUGAACAUGACAUCACCAUUUUGCGAACUGUAACGGAUACAAAAAUGGAAGAGAAAACAGCUAAUGAUCUGACAGAGACAUCUUUUGCCACAAAUCUUCCUGUGUCAGAAGAUGUGCACUCAUGGGAAGACAGGCUAAGGGAAACUUCAACAAAAGCAAUAGAAUCUUCUGGAGAAGCAAUGGAGGAUCCAUUCUUCAGAAGUACACAGGCUAACCAUGAACAUGUGGAAUUUUUAAAUGCUCCUACUAUCAGACCAUAUUCAGAAGAAAAUAAAGUAGAAGCUGAAUCUGGUGAAAAAAUUUUGUUGCCAUUUAAUAAUGACAGAGUUACUGAGUCUGCAAUAAUUGAAAGGAAAUACUUCAGUUCUCCUGUUACAGGUACAGAGCAAGAAGAGAAGUUGGUACAAAAUAUUUUUCCUACUGAAGAUAUUCCCAGAUUAGUCCUGACACCUGAAGAAGAAAAACCGACAAACAAUGAGGUCAUCAGUGAUCCAUUAUUUUCAGGACAAGGAUCAGGAGAUGAGUUUACUGUUAUUCCUUCAGUAGAGUCAUUGGUUGUCAAAGAAACCACAAAUAUUUUAAGUGCUCAGUCUUUUCAUCCUGCAAGUGUAGGACCCAAACUUUCCACUGAUCAGACACAAGUCUUUGAAAGUGGAAGCACUCAAUCAAAUGCUGAAAUUAAUGGAGAAAUUAGAACUACUGCAGCAGAGCUGCUGACAGAAACUGCAUACUCAAUGGCCACCAGUUCCCCAGCUUUAGGAGAAGAGAGUUCCAAUCACUCCAACUCUAAAGACAAAGAGAUAACACAUUAUUUUGUUGUGAUUGAAGAACCUUUCAAUAAGGAAAUGGACCACAAGAGGGGAGAAAAUGAUACAAACAGUCCAAUAGCUACUCCUGGAGAUGUUUCUCAUGAGGAAUCUUCACAUAUGCUGGCUACAGAUGACAUAACUCCUGUUUCUGUAAUACUGAGUGAAACUCCUUAUCUUGAAACCGGAAAAUCUCUUGCAACCUCAGCAACAAAAAUGCCAAGCAGAGUAUUUCCUGAAAGUUCUGGAGAGGGAUCUGGUUGGGAUGGUGUUUCAGAUUCAUUUCCCCCUGAUACAUUUACUCAUGUGACAGUACCUCCUGUGACAGAAGUCGAAGUAACUGCUUCAUCUCAGGUUCCUAGCGAGGUUUAUCCUAAAGUUAUGACAACAGAUGCACCAGGAGAUGGAUCACAGACUGUGAUCACAGAAUUAGCUUCUCUUUUUACAGAAGAAAAAGAGAUUGUGACAAAUCAAACUGCUGCUGAUCCAAAGACAGCUACAUCAGAAGAGCUGACAAGUGAUACUGGGAUGUCACUGGAUAUUAUUCCAGUGGUUGAUGAUAGAAGACAAGUUACACUGAAUUUUUCUGUUUAUGGUGAUAUUACACUAAUUGAAGAACGACUUCAAAUCCCAUCAGAAAAAACAACUAUUAUAGACAUGGAUCACUCCAAGUCAAUGCCUGAAGAUAUAAUAAGUGUGCAGACAAUGCCAAAUCUUGCUGUACAGUCAACGUAUGGCAGUGAUGAUAGCAUGAAAGCUGAAGAGGACAAGUAUGAUUCAACACUUAAUUUUUCUAUAAUCAAAGAGAAUACAUCUACAUCUGGUGAUAAUCUUUCUUUGAUUCCUUCCAUUCAGCCAAGUAGUGAAUCAGUAACAACUGGACAUGGACCAAAAUUAGUAGACAAGGAUUUAGGUUCAGGGUAUGCCAUGGAGUUUGCAACAGAAGCUCUCACAACUACCAUACUCAAUGAAUUGGGAAUUUUCCUUCCAACAGUACCCGCUCUGGUAAGUCCCCAUAUGCCUCAUGACUCUGAAGAAUCUGAGUUCGAGGCUAAACAUGUUGGAAGGACAAGCACAGCAGAUGAUGUGCAUGAGCCUUAUACUUCAGCAAACAACCAAAUAAUAACAGAUCAAAGCGAAACAAUGUCUGUUAUUGGAUUUUCUGGAAUGGGCCAAGAAGAAUCAGGUGAUAAAAAGCCUGUGGUUCCUUCCCUCACAUCAGAUUUAACUGUAGAGACAGAAAAGGCUUUGACAACUGACACAUUUGAUGUAAGUAUGGCCACCACGCAGAGUACGUCCCAACAUGCAACUCUGUCAUCUAGCAGUACUGAAGAAAAGCAUUCUACAGUAUAUGUACAAACAAAAUCAAUGUCAGCAGCAGAGUAUGAAGAAACAGACUCAGUGAGUUUAAGUUCUGUAUCUCAAAAUCCUAAAUCCUCACCAACUGUUCGGUUAGUUAACGGAGUAUCUGAAUAUCCUGAGGUAGUCAUUCCAAGUACAUCAUCUGCAAAGGAUUCAGAUCACUCUGAUCACUCAUCAGAUGGAACUUUCAAAGAGGUUAGUUCUGAUAUUGCAGCAACUUAUAAACCACCCACGACAGACCUAGAUACAACAGAGUCUUCUCUGCAAGAGUUUUCUCCUGAGCCUGAAUCAGAAACCAUAACUACUGAGAGUACUCCUCAUUUUAAUAAACUUGUAACACAGAAGUCAGAAGAGACAGAAUCUUCUGUGAAUGAUCUGAUUAUUGAGGAAAAUGCUACUAUUUCUGGAGAUUCUCCAUCAAUACCUGACUACCCUACUGCUUUUCUGAAUUUUGGAGAAAGAACAAGCACAGAUGUUCCAAAACUUAGCACAAUAGAAGUUGAAUUUUCUUCAGAGAGAGUGAAAAAUCCCAGUCAAGAAAGUGAUAGGAGUACUGAGAGAGAGAGACCAACGCUUUCAUCCACACCUGCUUCAGAUUCACCCAACAGUAUAGAAGUUGGAGUAUUUAAACCUGACCAGGAAACAGUUACAAUGCUAACUUCAUCUUUAGAGCCUUUGGAUAGAAGCUUGGAAACACAGUCAGCUUUGCUUGGUCGACAGGAGACUACAACAAUUUCUUCUAACAUUGCAACAAACAAUGCAGCCCCUGGAAAUAAUCCUUAUUCAAAUGAACAGUCAACAAUAAGCUCUGAGGAGCUAAAUACUAUUGAACUUGUAACUUCAUCAUUUUCCCUUCCGGAAGUCACUAAUGGAUCAGAUUUCCUGAUUGGCACAAGUAUGGGUUCGGUUGAAGGCACAGCAGUGCAAAUUCCAGGACAAGAUCCAUGCAAAAGUAAUCCCUGCCUUAAUGGUGGUACCUGCUAUCCACGUGGUUCAUUUUACAUCUGUACAUGUUUGCCAGGUUUCAGUGGUGAGCAGUGUGAAUUAGAUAUUGAUGAAUGCCAGUCUAACCCAUGCCGCAAUGGAGCCACAUGUAUAGAUGGCCUCAAUAGCUUUACUUGCCUGUGUCUACCAAGCUAUGUCGGUGCUCUCUGUGAACAAGACACAGAGACUUGUGAUUAUGGUUGGCACAAGUUCCAAGGACAGUGCUACAAAUACUUUGCCCACCGACGUACCUGGGAUACGGCUGAGAGAGAAUGCCGCCUACAGGGGGCCCACUUGACAAGCAUUUUAUCCCAUGAGGAACAAGUCUUUGUGAACCGUAUUGGGCAUGACUACCAGUGGAUUGGCCUCAAUGACAAGAUGUUUGAGCGUGAUUUCCGUUGGACUGAUGGUAGCCCACUGCAAUAUGAGAACUGGCGACCAAACCAGCCAGAUAGUUUCUUUUCUGCUGGAGAAGACUGUGUUGUUAUAAUAUGGCAUGAGAAUGGACAGUGGAAUGAUGUUCCAUGCAAUUACCACCUGACCUACACCUGCAAGAAAGGAACAGUUGCCUGUGGUCAACCUCCUGUUGUAGAAAAUGCAAAGACCUUUGGGAAGAUGAAACCUCGUUAUGAGAUUAACUCCCUUAUUAGGUAUCACUGCAAAGAUGGUUUCAUCCAGCGUCAUAUUCCAACCAUACGUUGCCAAGGGAAUGGAAGAUGGGAUAUGCCUAAAAUUACAUGCAUGAAUCCGUCCACGUACCAAAGGACUUACUCUAAGAAAUACUACUAUAAACAUUCUUCGUCAGGAAAGGGAACAUCAUUAAAUUCAUCAAAACACUACCAUCGCUGGAUCAGGACGUGGCAGGACUCAAGGCGCUGAGUGCUAAAUGGUGAAUGGGGAUUUCCACCAUUUCAGCCAAAGUUCUAACUUUCUGUGCCUUUUCUAUCACUUUUAGGAGUAUUAUGAAAUUGUUUUGAAACUACGGACUCCGGUAUUCACAAUGCAUUUUGCAAAAAUAUUGUGUUUAUCAGAAAAUUUUUAAAAGUAUAUAGAGGAGAAGUGCUUAUGGGGAUAAAAAGAAACCAUUUCCAGCCUAUAAUGAUCAUUAGUUUUCUAUAUGCCAUCAGUGUGGACCAUUUUAUGAUACUUACCAGCCUUUUGCAAUAUUUAAACAGCUCAAUUUUAGCACCAAUGAAAAUGUAAAUAAGAUGAUUUUAAUGUUGUUUAAUUGUUUUUUGUUUUUAAAAUCCUGUAUAUAAAAUGAAAAGUCACACUAAGUUCGGGCAUAUUUAUGGUUAGAAUGGCCUCAGAGGUCUUCAGUCAUUUAUGACAUUGUUUUUAUGUUUACCUAGGCUGGAAAUGGUGGAAAUAACUUUACUGACUGAAAUUUGCUAUUAACAGGUGAAGAUAAACACAAAAGUUACAUGAAUUUUUUUAAAAAUGCAAACUGUGCCAGUUAUCAUUCGAGGUACAGUUUGUGUCCAUGUGAAGCAAAAUUUAGAGCACAUAAGCGGGGAUAUAGCAUGAACUAGGGACUGCAAUGUGGAACUUUUUUUCUGCUCUCCAUUCCAGCCUCAUCAUUCGUGAGAAAGGACUGCAUGGAGGACUUGUAUAUGACAAGGAGGGCCUGUAAAAAUCCAAGUGCUAAUACAUUAACUUUAUCAACCAGGGCCACCUUUUUUGAAAGAAAGAAAAAAGAAAAAAGAAGAAAAAAAUGACUUUCACAACAUUAACUACAAGGUCUAUAUUACAGGUCUCUGCAUUCUAAAAUGGAGAUAGACCUAGUGUUUGGGGGAUCAAUUUUUGUAAAAAACAAACAAAAUCAAAAAAGUAAAUAAUUUUGUAUAUAUAACCAUUUUUUAAUCUUUUUAUAAAGUAAUGAAUGUUUGUGUAUGAAUGCUGCAGCUGUGAAGCGUACAUAAAUAAAUGAAGUAAGCCAUACUGAUUUAAUUUAUUGGAUGUUAUUUUACCCAUGCAAAGAAGAUUAAAAGAGCUCGCCAGAGCAGUAUUAGCCCCUGAGCUCCACUUUUGGAACCAUCUUAUGCUAUUUCCCUAGAGAACAAAAUUCCUGCUAAACAGGCUCAUUUGUUUGUGGCUAGAUGGAUGAGAUCUGUGUGACUUGCAGAAGAAUCAGGAUCUUGGCUUUCUAGACAGAAGUGUGUGCACAGAAAUUCUAGGUUGUAGUUGGUGCAGUGUGUGUGUAGGAGUUUUCUGUUAUGAUUUCUUACCCUGGUCAGUGUGACAACUGACCUGGAUGUGUACAGUAAGUGUAGAAGGUAAUGUUUGAAAGGACCUCUCCACAUAAAGGACUGUGAUUAUUUCUGGGAAGUUCCCUGCACAGCUUUGGGCACAGGAAAAAAGGAAAGAAAAAGGGAAAAUAAAGAACAGUAAGUUCCCUGGGAUACACUUUCUAAAAUAUCACUGCAAAUACAGAGACAGAUGAGAGGUUUAUGCCUUUUGUUAUGGAGAAGAUACAAAAAGUUGGAAGGGAAAGGAAAAGAACUGAAAACACAGCCAACAUUUAAGAGUUUAUCUUAGGCAGAGCUACCCAUGAGGCAGCCUUGCUAUAGCUUAUUGGGAACACUGAUUACAGUUCCAGACAAUAUCUCUUAAAAAAAUGGCAGUGACUGCUCCAUACUGGGUACCUGACCUUUGUGUUUCAGCCUGGCAAUGCAUCGCUGCGUUGGCUGGUUCAUUCCCCACCCCUGCCCCCAAACAAUGCACAUAAUACUUUUCUCUAUUUAUAUUAUCUUGUAUAGUGUACAAUGUGAAUGUCUGGUUUUUUGUGAAUGAAAGUCUAAAAUCUUUGUAACUUUUAUAUCUGCUUCUGUUUCACCAAAGAAACAAGGUUUUGCUAUACUGUGACUUGUCUUGUUAUUGCAUGUCUUCCUGUUUAAAUCUAUGCAAUGUGAUUUUUUUCAUAUGAAUACAACUAGACUAUCAGUACUUCACAGUCAUCAUGGGCUUGGUCAAAUGCCCACUGGAGUCAAAGAGAAACAGCUGGCUGAACUUUAAUAGGUGCUGGAUUUGAUUUUAUAUGAGCAACGGUAGGAGAUUUGGAGUAACAUUUUAAGAUAUGCAGUUUAUGUUCUGAAGUUGAUUAUUGUUUGUAUGAGUCAAGGCUCUGCUCAUAAGUAUACAGUGUUCUGCACAUCACUUCCUUGUACCAGAAGCAUACAAAACAGAAAAUAUAUUUUAACAUUCUGCAAACUUUCUCACCAUAUGUAUAAAAAACCCUGCAUAGAUUUGUUGUUUUCUUGUUUACUUGUUGGAUUUAAACAAUGUUGUAAGGCAUUCAGAUAACAUUGUGAUUGUAGUUUAAGUAGGUUAGGUGCAGUGCUUAUAUUGAUUUUUUUUUCACCUCCUUCUAUUACGCAUAAUAAAG